GUUUACCCCACAUUCUCCAUCUCAAUUUGCCGCAAAUUUAUGGAUCGGCGGGCCAUUCCAGGUACGUGUAGUUUAUAGUUCAUUGUCCACGAGAGAUGCGGAGUGAACAUUUUACAAAACAGGCGUUCAUCAGAAGAUUGAUGAUUAAAGGUGAAUGUCCAUUAAAAUAUUUCGAUUUUACUUUAAGAAGUCGCAAGCUCCGGAGCUAUUAGUUUGGAGUAGCUCCUAAAAAGAAUCAACCAGUGAGGAACGGUUACAGGAGUAAGGGGGAAGCUCCGAGAGAGAGUCAGAGCGACUUUAGUAGUUGUAGUUGAUUUUCAUCAUUUAUCAUUUGGUCGGUGUCGAAGUCGAGUACACCUCGAGAGCGCUCUCUGGAACAUGGAACAGUUCGUAAAUAAACGGUCAGUUAGCCACACCGAAACUCCGAGACAACCCUGCCUGUCAACCUGUCACUUGAUUUUUGCCGCCAUUUAUAGACAAGCGUCACGACAAGAGGGUUGUUUAACCGAAGGGUAAAAUAAAGGCCCACUUUGAUUAAAUUAAAUACUCGACACAAACAGGUAAGUGACACUUUAAUGUUAAAUAAAUAAUUGUCAACUUUAAUUGAAGUUAAAUUGACAAGUAUUUACAACAAACUAAAAUUUGUUAAACUCGGCAUUCAAAUUCCCCGCGCGCGAAGUCAUUUGGAUCGUAUUUCCUGUUGUGUAGACGAAGCGUAGCUCCGCGUUAAAUUUAGUCAGUGCUUUAACGAGUUUGUUUCAAUAGAGAAACUUAUAAAAAUACCACAAAAAACACUUAUUUAACAUUAAAAGUUGAUUAAACUGUCAACGCGUAGGAAUUUUGAUAUCUUCAAUUAGACAGCGACAUCCCUCUUUUCUUUUGCAAUUUGCGAAGUGAAUAUGUCUGGACCCGAACGAAGAAGCGAAGAUUGGGAUAAAAAUGGACCACCAGUUAAUCCCGAAAAAGAAGAACCUGCUUACGAUGGACCACCAGGCAUGGACCCUGACGGUGUCAUCGAAUCCAACUGGGAAGAAGUCGUCGACAAUUUUGACGACAUGAACCUAAAAGAAGAACUCCUAAGAGGAAUUUACGCUUACGGUUUCGAAAAACCCUCUGCCAUCCAACAGAGAGCCAUAAUACCCUGUGUUAAAGGACUCGAUGUUAUUGCUCAAGCACAAUCGGGUACAGGCAAAACGGCCACCUUUUCGAUCUCUAUUUUGCAACAAAUUGAUACUGCCGUGCGCGAGUGUCAAGCUUUGAUUUUGGCCCCGACUCGUGAGUUGGCUCAGCAAAUUCAAAAGGUGGUCAUUGCUUUGGGGGAUUUCAUGUCCGCCCAAUGCCACGCCUGUAUUGGUGGUACCAAUGUCAGGGAGGAUAUGAGGAAACUUGAGACUGGAGUACAUGUUGUUGUGGGAACUCCAGGUCGAGUCUACGACAUGAUAACUAGAAGAGCCUUAAGGCCCCAUCACAUAAAAAUGUUUGUCCUGGACGAGGCCGACGAAAUGUUAUCUCGAGGUUUCAAAGACCAAAUCCACGACGUAUUUAAGACCUUAAACGCAGACGUCCAAGUAAUCUUACUUUCCGCUACCAUGCCCCCAGAUGUACUCGACGUGACUAAGUCAUUCAUGAGAAAUCCUAUUAGGAUCUUGGUCAAGAAGGAAGAACUCACCCUGGAAGGUAUCAAACAGUUCUUCGUCUAUGUCGAAAAGGAGGAUUGGAAGUUAGAAACUUUAUGUGAUUUGUAUGAUACUUUGUCGAUUACGCAGGCUGUAAUCUUUUGUAAUACACGUCGCAAGGUGGAUUGGUUGACUGAGAAUAUGCAUAAAAGGGACUUCACUGUAUCGGCCAUGCACGGUGACAUGGAACAGAAAGAACGGGACGUUAUUAUGAGGCAAUUUAGGACUGGAUCGUCUAGGGUGCUUAUAACUACCGAUUUGUUAGCUAGAGGCAUUGAUGUACAACAAGUUUCACUAGUAAUUAACUACGAUUUACCGUCUAAUAGAGAGAAUUACAUCCAUCGAAUUGGUCGAGGUGGUCGUUUUGGACGUAAAGGUGUGGCAAUUAAUUUUGUCACCGAGGAUGACAAGCGUACGUUGCAUGACAUUGAGCAAUUCUACAAUACGAAGAUUGACGAGAUGCCAAUGAACGUAGCGGAUUUGAUUUAAUUCGAACUCUUUAAAUAAUUGAGCGACUGAAUGAAGUGCGAAAACGUUACCUACUGAGUUUCAGAUUUGGAUACAUUUUUUUUUAAGCAGCAAAAGUAGAGACCUCAUUGUGCGCCAUUAAUCGGUCUCUUUGGGCUAGCGACGGACGCGUUUUUUCACGCUCAAAUUAAUUUAAAAAGAAAAACUUUCUAAGUGUAUUUUAAUUAUUUUUCUAUAUUUUAUCGUGUAAUCAUUAGUGUAUAACUAUUUUAUUUAAAGCUAACUGGACAGUAGGUGCGCAUGGGCGCCGCCUUUUUCUGGCGGGUUCUCCCGCCAGCAGUACCUAUUUGCCUCAGAAAAGAUUUGGUAGGUUUUUGGAAUGGUUAUUUUAAUCAUAAAAGAUGUAAAAGAAAAUUUUUUCCAUAUUCAAUGUUAAAUAUUUUGUAUCAUAUAAUUUAAAAAUAAAACUUUCAGUUCCGGAUAAACAAUUUAAAAACGAAAAAAAAAAAAAAAGAUUUCCAGUAUAAUCAAUUGAAUUCUUUCCUUACCUCUUUGACAAACUUCUCUUCCUACUGGCAGACCUUUUAAUCCUUGACCCGCUCCUUCUAACAACCUCCCUACUUCUCUUUCUAGAAGUGGACCGUUUCCUCUUCCUAUCAACUUCACUGUCUGAACUGUCCUUGUUGGACCUAUAGUGACGCUUCUUCUGGAUACUAUUUUCGUUUUUCCGUAUCUCGAAUUCGCGGGAGCUAGACCUGGAGCGUCUCCGGUCCUUUUCUGGAUGCUCCUUGGAACGGGACCGAGAUUUCUCUCUGUUGGAUCCUCGACUAGAUGACCGGGAUUUUGAAUGGCCUGGAGACCUGGAACCAUUUUUGGAUUUGGAUCGGGCACGUGCCAAUUGAUUGUUAUCGGCUAGCGACAUCAGUUUGGCUUGAAGUUUAGACAUUGGUGGACCAGAACUAUCACUGAGAAAGUCAAAUAUUGUUAAAAUUUAUGUAUUUUUUCUUUUUCAU